UGACACCACUACACUCGCCCUGCGCCAGUGCGACACGCUCGCGCGCUAAGCGUUUCCGCAGGUCGUCUCUACAUGUGUGAUUCUUUCGCAGGUUCGCCUCGCGUCAAUCCAGGCCAGCGGGUGGGACUAUGCUGCUCAAUCUUUUACUAUUACUUCGUUCCCUCCUUGACUUUUCUGAGUCGUCUGAGUCGAUUCAGUUGGGACAGCGCCUUGCUGCUCGGUAGACACUCACGCUCCAAUCCUUUGUAGCGCAAUUAGCCAGCCCUCGACACUCGGCCUGGCAUUCGUGAGUCUUCUCACAGCAGUUCGCGGAACAACCAUGGCAUCUGGCGGUGUAUGCCCUCAGAGACCCGAACCGACACUCUCCUUCACACAGGGCCUCGUCGUGGGUCAACUCUCCGUCGUGCUCAUCCUGGCAGCUUUCAUCAAGUUUUUCAUCUUCGGCGACCCCCCUUCGUCAGACGUCACAGCAUCCCUCAGGGCCACGGAACGGAGGGCCAGAACGCUUGCCCACAAACAGUCGCUGCUGACACUCCGGUCACCUGGCCAUCGCCAUGUCGCCCAGAGUCAAAGCCUUGGCCGCAAAAGGUCAACGGUGCUCCGGAACCCGCCGGCAUUGACAAUCGGCUCCAUCCUCAGCAAGACAUAUUACAAUGUAGACGGUCACCAACCCGAGAGUUUGGAUUGGUUCAACGUCUUGGUAGCUCAGACCAUUGCCCAGUUUCGCAGCGAUGCUCAGCAUGAUGACGCCAUACUCGACUCUCUGACCAAGGCCCUGAAUGGCACAUCACGGCCUGACUUCGUGGAUGAUAUCCGCGUGACCGAGCUCAGCCUUGGCGAGGACUUUCCCAUCUUCAGCAACUGUCGCGUCAUCCCCGUUGAUGAAGACGGGCUUACAUUGGGCAAUGGAGUCAGAUUCGAUGCCGCGAGCGCUGCGAGGGACGGCACGAGACUUCAAGCACGCAUGGAUGUCGAUCUUAGCGACAUGCUUACUCUCGCCGUUGAGACGAAGCUACUUCUCAACUACCCCAAAAAGCUAUCCGCGAUUUUACCCGUCGCACUCGCUGUAUCCGUAGUGCGAUUCAGCGGCACGCUAUCGAUUUCCUUUAUACCGAGCAACCCAUCCCAAUCCACACCGACAAUGAUGACUUUCAGUUUCCUUGACGAUUACCGCCUAGAUUUCUCCAUUCGCAGUCUCUUGGGAAGCCGCUCUAGACUACAGGACGUGCCCAAAAUUGCGCAACUCGUCGAGGCGCGCCUCCAUAGGUGGUUUGAUGAGCGUGCCGUUGAGCCUCGCUUCCAAGAAAUUGCCCUUCCCAGUCUCUGGCCAAGGAAGAAGAACACGCGAGGCCCCGAUGAUGCCAUGGCCGAUGUUGGCAGCGGAUCUGUCGGCCGCUCAAAGGGCAAAGAUCUUGGCCGUGAUUUGCGCGACGGGGCGCGACUGAAAGAACCUUGUGGCGGAGAAGAGGCAAGGGAUACGAAUCCGCCGCUCCGACACCGCAGACCGCAAGGAUCGGGAGAAGAGGAUGACUUUCCGAUGCCGGGGUCUCUCCCGGGCGUUCAACUGCGAUAAUAUAGCAGUCUUGAGCUAGUUGAUAUUGACCAGCAUUAACAACACAACGCAAUGCCUAUGGGCUCGAUGUUUCAGAGAAAUGAUGGCGGUGUGCGAUCCGGCGACGUGCGAGCUGUCCGAGAGACGGCCUUGUUGCCGACUUAAGAUCAGGAUAGCACCUAACGCACAGCCCCCAGUAUCUGUUCAGUCAGAUGGCAGUCAAAGCCGAGGGCGAACUUGUCAAAGAAUACAGGUUGGAUCUCCAGAGAAAGCAACCGCCAAGGAGCAGGGAAUAGUAGAGCAUGGUCCAUGGCAGCAAACGAAGCGCCUGCUUCGAGUCAUGCGUGCGCAACCAGUAGGGCUCGACAGGACCCCAAAUACGCGGGAGCCCAAUAGAGUUGCAUAGGGCGUGAACAGCGACAGCUGCGAGCAAGGAGCCAGUCCGCAAAUAAAUGAAGGUUGCAUAUGCGCCAAAGAUGGAGGUGUAUGAGAACUGAAGGACUGAGCGGGCGACAGCUACGGCAAGCGGGGUUUCUGGAUGCGUGACGCGGAAUUCGUAGAAGUGGUGCACAUGGGCUAAGCCGAACACAACUGGAGAGAGGAAGAUGAUGGAACUCAUGUCUGAGCCAGCGAGCAAGAGUAAGGGAACGGCAGCGGAU